AUGUCUAAAUUCUCUCUCCAAGGUCGAACGGCACUAGUGACUGGAGGUGCGCGAGGCUGUGGACUCGCCUUCGCGCGCGGGUUGGCUGAAGCAGGUGCCAACGUCGCUGUUUUCGAUCUUGUCCCAGCCGAGCCAGGCUUCCUUGCCAUUGAGAAGGAAUGUGGAGUUCGAACGGCCUAUUACAAGGUGGAUGUUUCAUCCCAGGAAUCCCUCGCGAACGGCUUCGCCGAGUUCCAGAACGACUUCGAUAAUGCGCUCGACAUUUGUGUUCCCUGUGCCGGAAUUAAUCGCCAUUUGAAGUUUCUAGAGUACACCUACAAAGACCACCACGAUCUCCUCUCGGUCAACGUGAUGGGACUGUACUUUACCGCCCAACUUGCAGCAAAGCAAAUGAUCGCCAACGGUACCCAACACGGGAGCAUUGUACUGGUGGCCAGCAUGGCCAGUUACAUCGCUGUUCCCACGCAGCUGUGCAGCGCAUACUGUGGGACGAAGGGUGCUGUGCGAGCGAUGACACCAGCGAUCGCAAAAGAAAUGGCAGAAUACGUGAGUCUUCCUCUCAAGCCAUCUCCGUCGGACUUGCUGCUAAGUCCACCGCAGAACAUCCGAGUCAAUUCAAUCUCCCCGGGCUACGUACGCACGGAAAUGACGGCAGCAUUCCCCCAUCUUCUGCCAUUGUGGGAGCGGGAGGCGAUGAAUGGGCGUAUUGCGGAACCGGAGGAUAUCAUGGGGGCAUGUGUGUUCUUGGCUAGCGAUGCGAGCUCGUACAUGACGGGGCAGGAUAUCGUGGUAGAUGGGGGAGUCACCCGGUGGUAG